UCUCUUCCCGCAGCCAUGGCAGCGAAGGUGACCAGAAUGUUGAUAAAGGUGGAUCUGCAGUGCUGUCGCUGUCACAAGAAGAUCAAGAAAGUACUCUGUAAAUUUCCUCAAAUCCGAGACCAGAUAUACGAUGAGAAGCAGAACGCGGUGUUGAUCACCGUCGUGUGCUGCAGCCCGGAGAAGAUCCGGCAGAAGAUCAUCUGCGAGGGCGGCGAGACGGUGCAGAGCGUGGAGAUCCUGCCCGACAAGCCCAAGGAGCUGGAGAAGAAGCCGGAGAAGCCCAAGGAGCCGGAGAAGCCCGAGAAGAAAACCGAGAAGAAACCCGAGAAGCCAAAAAAGCCCGAGAAGAAGGAGCCAGAGAAGCCCAAAGAGCCCCCACCGAAGCCUCCACAGCCAUCUCCGCAGCCGCCGCCCCCGAAGGGGCCAAAGGCAGUGCCGGGCUACCCGCCGGUGCCAAUGUAUCCGAUGGUGGGGGUCUGCUGGUGUCCAUGCUAUGAAGGGUAUUGUGGGGGACCAUGUUAUAACGGGCAUGGGAGGCCAGCGCUGUGCUACGACGGAUGCGGAAGCCCGGCUUACGAGUGCCAAGGUGGGAGCAGGGGUUACUACGUGAGCCGAUGUGAUUACUUUAGUGAAGAAAAUCCGACUGGGUGCACCGUCAUGUGAUCGAUCUCAAAUUUUCUCGCGUCGAUUAUCUUAUGUAGCAAUUCGGUGAAAGAUAGCAUUAUAACUCAAUGUUUGAGGGCUAUCUUGGGGUCUUUGUCUUUGUGGGUAUAGAAAGAUUGAUAAGGUUGGUGGUCUGGUAUAGUGUGUGGAGGUAUAUGUGGUCAAAUAAUUGUUCAACACAUGACUCGUUACUUGUCGAUUUCUCAAUUCCAAUAAAAACCUUAGUCCUUUUCA